AUGUCGAGUUCCGAACCCGCCUCACCUAACGGACAUGCCCCAAAUCACGACUCCAUGGUGACGGUCUCCUUGUCCGACAUUCAAUCCAAUUCCGAACAUACACAACCAGACUGGCGAAAUCUCGAUAUUCCCCAAACCCCCGUGGAGAAAAUCCGCGAGGUUGAAAUCACGCGAAAUACAGCCGAUUCUUUUGGACCAAUGCCCCUCCGUGACGCGGCAAAAACACCAACCCUCCCCACCGACGAACCCCAAUUCCCGACCUCGGCAGAGCCGAGACCGAUCGACGACGAUGUAGAGCACGAUGUGAAUUGGGAGAAUCUAGAUAAAACAGAGGAACAAGAACCACGAGGGCAGGGCUCAGAUGAUUCUACCGCACUCCUCCUCGCCCGAUUGGAACAAGAAAACAAUGCUUUGGCAACAGACCCCAAGGCAGGAUUGGCCAAAACGCCCAAAAUUCAGCUGCAUCAUCGACAAUCGCAGACCCGGCCCGCGCAGAAUUGCGCUACUCACAAAACCCCCCCACCGCCGAUGACCGAGUUAGAGUUCUGGGCUGCUCUUGUGGCAGAUUACCCGCGGACAGCCCAGCGGCUCCCAACUUUAACCUCCAACAAGAUACAAGGCGGUGUACCUCCCCCUCUGAGAGGAGUGGUCUGGCCCAGUUUGGCUGGUGCUCGGGAUCCCGGUUUAUUGAGUGAGUUCCAACGACUCUCAGGAGAGAGCAGCCCGUAUGAUGGUUUGAUUGGAAAGGAUAUCGGCCGCAGCUUUCCCAAUGUGGAGAUGUUCCGUGAUCCCAAUGGCGAGGGCCAGCAGAUGUUAGCCCGGGUGUUGAGAUGCUUCAGUCUGUAUGAUGCAAAGAUUGGCUAUUGUCAAGGUCUUGGGUUUGUAGUUGGGCCCUUGCUGAUGCACAUGUCUGAUGCAGAGGCAUUUUGUGUGCUUGUUCGCUUGAUGGACCACUACAACCUUCGACAGUGCUACCUGCCAGAUCUAUCGGGUCUUCAUCUGCAUGUUUAUCAAUUCCAGAAUCUGUUGGCACGACACCGACCGGUAUUGUUUGAGCACCUGGAGUCGCUUAAUGUCGAACCUGUUUAUGUAUCCCAGUGGUUUUUGUCAUUUUUCGCGGUUGCUUGUCCUCUUCCAAUGCUUCUGCGAAUUUAUGAUGUCAUCUUUCUUGAGGGUGCAUGUGAAACCUUGAUGCGAGUGGCUUUAUCUCUAAUGCAAAGAAAUGAGAAAAGGAUCUUAGCUUGUUCUGAGUUUGAGGAUGUGAUGCAGUUGCUUUUGUCGCGAAGUUUGUGGGACACAUAUGCUUUUAACGCUGAUGACCUGGUCAAUGACUUUGUCUCCCUUACUUCACUUGUCACCAAAGAAAGCCUUCAAACGCUAGAGUCCAGCUACAACCAGUCUCAAGGCGUCCCCACUGGAAUCUCAUUCCCGCAGAUGCAGGCAGCAGCAUCUCGAUUCCUCGGGCGCCUAUGGGCGGGAUCUAACAAUCACAAUUCCAUGAAGUCUUUGAACCCAAAUCCAAGUCCGUCGCGUCCAAUCAGCACCGUUCGCCGUUCAACUUCAAAACAAAGCCUCACACCGACCCUCAACUCGGUUGAAAGCGCGUCUGAUGCAAGCACAGCUGCAACUGAGCUUUCGACUGGGGCUCAUGCAGAUAGUCAUAAGUCGCGUAUCAAGUCAAGCAUGUCCGUCUGUCAGAAGGACCGCGAUCUCCACACCCAGAUUGAAGAUCUGCUAAUAGCGCUGAGCGACCUGCAGCGCCAGCAUGCGGAAUUGAGCCUAGAACUACAACAGGAACGCGAGGAACGCGAGGAGGACCAAACACUUGCCAAGGAGAUGCUCGCUCAUCUUCAGCAACUUCCCGCUGAAAUGCAGCUGACCGAACUUGUUGCUAAAGCCGAAGCGCGCUACGCGUCAAACGAGCCGAAACACGCGUCUAUUCCCCAGACAAAACACCAACUGCAGGAUGACAUGAAGCGAUGGAAGGAAAUGCAUGAGAUCGAAGCCAGCCGAUGCAUGGACCUUUCGCGUCGAAUGGAUGACCUCGAGAAGUCCAACACAUCCCUGAAAGAUCAACUACGUGAAGCCCGUGGACGAAUCCAAGAUGGGUACCGCGAUCGCCAGCGCCUCGAACGCCUGAACCAGGAGCUUCGAUCCCUCAAGACCAGUGCCCUGGAACCAAAGACUCCACCAGAUGUUGGCUCCCCGGCGUCGGACACUGGUGGCUCUCCCCGAGGACUCCGCGAAUUCAAACUGGCCCGCAGUAACUCCCAGAAAACCGGCUCAUACAACAAGCGUACUAGCAGUCUGGCUCUGCAGAGUGUCACCUCAAAUGAAAGCAAGCCAGCUGCCGAGGAAUCGCUCCUUCUGGAACUGGUCGCCUCCAAAACUGCCGAAGCCGUGGCCAAGCAAGAACUCGAGGAAGUCAAGGGCAAACUGGACUCUUUGCGUAGGAUGAUCAGUGCGCCAGCCUCCCAAUCUGCCUUGAAGCCAGAGAAUCGCCAUUCGUUCAUUGCCCACACCUCGAACCGAAACAGCAUUGGCAAGGCCUCAACUGAGCCUAUGAGACCUGCAGGUAAUACCGGUGGUGGUGGGUUCUUCAGUGGAUGGGGUCGACGAGCUGCGACACCUGGGCAUGAAAUUCCCUAA